GAGAGAGAGAGAGAGAAAGAGAGAGACAGAAAACGUCAGGACGCGUCUACAAGAUAGUGAUAGGGAACGGUGCGAAAAUAUUAGAUCCGCGUAAACACUGUGUAAACAAACGUUCUGGCCUAUCGCGCCUUAUCUAUCUCCUAUCCUUGCAUCUUCCUUUCUCUGCUCCGAUGCUUCGUUAUUUGACUGCCACUGUCGUUACCAUAGAUUGUUCCAGACACGUGUUCAGGGAGCUGCGAGAGGGCAUUUCGUCGGAUGGAAAGUGGCGUCUAUCCCGCGCGCCACGUUUCUCUACCCAAAUUGGCACCAGGAGUCAACGAGAGUUACAUUUGGCAAAUCCCCGUGUUUUCUCGUGGAGCUCGCCAAUAAAAUUAACGGAUGCCGCCGGCAGGUAUCUCUCGAGGAAGGAAAAGGCAUUUGAAUGACAAUUAAACAAUGUGAAUGCUAAAGCUAAUAGAAAUUAGUGUUGUGUUUAAACGUGUGAGACAUUCCAUAUCAGUAAGGUACACGUUGUGACUUCAUGGACGGUGCACAUCAUGUCUAAUAGUCUAGACAACUUUCUCACACGCAUCGGGGAUGUCACAAUUGAACGCGUGACUCCGCGCGGUGGUUCCAAGUCUGAUGAAGCAAAUAUGAUGACAAGUGAGACUACGACAAGUGCAAACAUGAACGCAGAGCCACACGCGACUAAUGAUGAGAGCUCGGACGAAUCGAGCGGCGAAACGACAGACGGCGAGCAAGAGAAGAAGCUCCAUGUUUUACAAUCCGAGGAAAUAGAAGAGAUACGCUCGGAGGGUUCAGGAGACGAUAUGGAUCUGGACGAGACGAUCGAUUCGCAGAUCGGUGUAAGAAUGGAGUCAGAGAGGCAGCAGCAUCAUCCAUCUCCAGAAGACGACGACGAUGAACAAGUUAACAUUCUGGAUACUUUACCAUUGGAAGGAGCACCUAUAGAAGGUCAAGAAGUAUCCGAAGCCGAUUUGCUAGGAAAACCAAUAUUGAAAGAUUCAGAAGAUGAAGAAAGUAUGGAUAACGAAAAUGAAAAGACAGACGGACAAUCGACGGGCGAAGAAGGCACUGACAGUAACAAGAGACAUGCUGAUUCCGAUCAUUCCGAUAACGCGAAAAAGAAAGCGAAGAAGGAUGAUGGUAGUACUGAAGGUAGUACAUCGGAAUGUGAAUUGAAAGCGGAGAAAAAGCUUGCCAAUAUGCGAAGAAACAUUCGAGAGGUGAUGGACGAGACGCAACUGGACGAAGCCACAUUAUCUGCACAGAGACAGGAGAUGGAACGUCUCAGGCGAGUACAGGAACAGCAGAGGCUUAUUCGUGAGGUACAGCGUCAGAUAGCGAUUAACCGGCAGAAUAAUAAGGCGCAGACGCGCGUUAUCAGCCUCCUGCAGGGCAAACAGAAUCAAGCCAGCACCACUAUGAUCUCGCAAUCGUCUUCCCCGUCGUCGUCAUUUCCGUCGAUGACAUCGUCGUCAUCCACUCAAGUCCGUUUGCCAAAUACCGUGCUGCUAAAAGUGAAUUCUGGUGCCGGCACUGGUUCUCAGACUACUCAGAUGACAAGUGGAAUGCAAGCGGGACAGAUGCAGCGAAGAUCGAUCGACGGUGGAAUGCGUUGGCAAAAAGGUAGAGGUGGCUACCAGGGAGCUCAGACAUCUAUCUCGCGUGUACCGAGCCGUUCCAGCGCGCCCAAUAUGUUGCAGCAGAGGAUCCGCAUGAUGACGCCGUCCGUGAGUAUAUCGCCGGUGGUACCUAAAAAAGAACCGAUGGACCGUACGGAGUACUAUUCCGAUUCCGAAUUGUCCGAUAUGGAAACUGAGGAGGCGAUACGUAACGAGAAACAGAUGCAUGCAACGCGGAAGAUGUCUGGCGCGCCUAAAUACCAGAGACCACCCAAAGGUAAGGACGUGGUAACGAUAUCUAGUUCGAGCGAAAGUUCGGACGAUGAUUGUAUAGUUCUGAGCGAUCCUAGUGGCGAGGAAGAGACCGAUAAUGAGGACGAUCCAUCCAAUUCCGGGAUGCACACCAACGAUCGUUACAACAUUCCAGACGAGCACGGUCGCGUACUGAUCAACGUGGGUCAUCCCGAAACCGAGCCGGAUGUGUUUCUGGCGCCGCAAGUGGCUCGCAUCAUCAAGCCACAUCAGAUCGGCGGCAUACGUUUCCUUUUCGAUAAUAUCAUCGAAACGAUUGAAAGGUACAAAACCAGCAGUGGUUUUGGUUGUAUCCUUGCCCAUAGCAUGGGUUUAGGUAAGACUCUUCAAGUCGCCAGCUUCUGCGACAUUUUUUUUCGAUGCACCACUGCCAAGACUGUUCUGUGUAUCAUGCCCAUAAACACGCUCCAAAAUUGGUUAGCGGAGUUCAACAUGUGGUUGCCGUAUGAAGAUCCCACUGUUACUGCUGAAAAACAAUCCAAGGCGACAAAUGUCAAAAUGGAGCCAGGGAUGGAUGUGAAGCACGAAGUGAAAGAGGAGAGUUGUGGCAAUCAAAGCGACAUGUCUAAUAUGUCACGACCUAUUAGCACAGAAUCCGCGCAUCGUUUCGGUCAGGAUGUAACAGUUAAUGCGUCGCAACAACCAAUGAAUAUCAUGCCAGAGAAUCCCUAUGCGAAUCCCCAUCACGGUUACGAUCAACGCAAUAUGAUGCCGAAUUACAUGCAAAAUCCUACUAUGAUGAAUAAGAAUAUGGCUGAGCCUCACAUGCCGCAUAUGCCACCAAGUUAUCAUCAGAACGAGAUGCCACAGAAUCCGAUGUAUAACACGAAUCCAAAUCCGCUUUCCAAUUUCCCUGAUCCGAUGAACUGCCAUGGUAUGCCGCCUGGACAGAAUAUGCCGGGGCCAAAAUCCGGUAUGGAGAAUCAAGCCACUGGCAUUAUGUAUCCUGGCAUGGAAAACCGACCGCAGGGUAUUCCCAUGUAUCCCGAUAUGGAGAAUCGAAAUGUACCACCGAUGUAUCCAAGUAUGAGUAAUCAUCAUCCCGGUUCGAUGCACCCAAGUUAUAAUAAUAUUCCCGGUACUUUUGCGAGCUACGGCAGUCAAACGAAUCAAGAAUUAGAACAGGAACCGAAAAAGGAAAACAUACUACCAGGAGGAAUGUCACUUCAUAAUGCGGAAGUGAAUGUGAAGAAGGAACCAGAAGAGAUGAUUAAAAAAGAAGAAGGCACAUCAACAAUAAAGGAGGAGUUAGUGGACGAAAAGAAAGAAACAAUAGAGAAAGUUAAAACGCCGUUCAAUGUGGAUGCGCCUAUCGGCAUGGAAGUACGCCCGAGGCAUUUCCGUUUGCACAUUCUGAAUGAUUCACAUAAAACAAUGACCGCAAGAGCAAAGGUGAUCCAAGAAUGGCAAUCGACCGGUGGUGUUUUACUGAUAGGUUAUGAAUUAUACAGACAGUUGUCUCUAAAAAAACCUAACAAAGCAAAGCGGAAACGCGGUCAAUCCUUUAAAGAUACUGUGGACGUAGAGGAGGAGGAUAAAAAUAAAGGCUUACUCGAUGAGAUGCAUUCAGCUUUGGUGAAUCCUGGUCCAGAUCUGGUGAUCUGUGAUGAAGGUCAUCGGAUCAAGAACUCGCAUGCGAGCAUUAGCAUGGCAUUGAAACAGAUGCGCACAAAACGCAGAAUUGUACUAACUGGUUAUCCAUUGCAGAACAAUCUGUUGGAAUAUUGGUGCAUGGUAGACUUUGUGAGGCCUAAUUAUUUAGGCACAAAGAGUGAAUUCUGCAACAUGUUCGAGAGGCCGAUACAGAACGGUCAAUGCAUUGACUCGACACCGCAAGACAUACGCUUGAUGCGAUAUCGUGCGCAUGUAUUGCACGCUUUAUUGGAGGGUUUCGUACAGAGGAGAUCUCAUUCUGUUUUGCAAAUAUCGUUACCACGCAAGGAGGAAUACAUUCUUCUCGUUAGGAUGACGCCUCAUCAACGCAAAUUAUACGAUACGUUUAUGAAUCAAGUAGUGAAAACGCGCGCAGUACCAAAUCCGUUGAAAGCUUUUGCUGUAUGUUGUAAGAUAUGGAAUCAUCCAGAUAUUCUGUACUAUUUUCUCCGUAAGCGUCAAGCGAACGAGGAAGAUGAUUUGGAUCUGGAAGAAACGAUAGGAGAAAAAUCUACAGCAGGUGGCAAGAAAUCUAAAGCGCGUCAACCGAAAGGGGAAUCCAAGAAGUCCAAAAAGAGAGAAACAACGAUAAAAAAUAAACCUGCAGCUAGCGUACAACCAAAUGCUUCCUCAUCGUCUAGCAAUGAUAAUGCAGAAGCCGAAAAUGCUCAUAACACUCCAAAACAAAAUAAUUACACUAAUUACUCGAUGCCAGUUUCCAACUCAGGAUACUCCACCAACACUAUGCCCCAAGGAUCUUAUCCUCCUCAUGGUUAUCAGAACUAUCGUCCGAAUGAUCAAAACACAUAUUAUAGGAACGAUAAUAAUAAUCACGGACAAUAUAAUCAUGGAGAGUUUUAUAAUAAUCAAGAACAGCAAAGGUAUAGCAAUCAACCAUUUCAAUCAUAUACUCAAGCAUCAACAGGCUACAACACAUCGCAAGGAUACGCUAAUCAGUCACAGAAUUAUAUGCAAUCGAAUGACCAAUCCGCGAAUCAUUCUCAGAGAUACGGAAAUACAGCUGCUGGAUCCGAUUUCAGAUCAGAUCAGAAUCAAGGAAAUAAUUAUGAAGCAUCAGGAAUGUUUUCACGGCAGAACUAUCCCUAUCAGGAGCAGCAGCGCAAUUAUACACCAAAUUUAAAUCAAGGGCCUAAUAAUUAUCCUCAAGUCUCCAAUCAGCCUUCCUUUCAGUCUCAGAUGCCAAAUCAGUCCACAAAUAUGUCGGAUUACUCGUCGUAUGCCACAAAUCAGAAUCAAAAUUAUACACCGACGCCAGCGCCAACGCCAGCUCAGACAAAUCCGAUAUAUUCGCGGAAUGAUGCACAACCGUUGCAAAACUCGACGAUGGGAUAUCCAGCAUCUCAGCAAGGACAGCCACCGACGGCCCAAACGCAAACUACCGGCUACAUGGUACCGCAGCAGAAUCAGAAUACAUCGCCCGGUCAAAAUCGUGGCUUCUCGCCGAAUCAACAGAAUCAGAAUCUUGGUUUGCAGAAUCAAUCUCAUCCAUAUACAAAUCAGCAACAGCAAGGUGUACCUCUUCAGAGUCAGACGCAUGGUUAUCCUGCGCAAAUGAAUCCAACUCCCCCGCAGAAUCAGCACGCAUUUAAUCCACAAUCGGGUCCGAUGCCACAGACUCCAUCUCACGGAGCUCCAUCUCAUUAUAUGCAACCGAACCAAUCGAAUCAAGGGUCUAUGUCACAGGGUCCCAUACGCGGCUACACUCCGGGGCCGCAAGGUCAAAUAGGCAUAGCACAGAAUCAGAAUCCCAAUUAUCCGGCCAAUCAACCUACGCAGAACGUUAACACGCAGACGCACAGGUAUCCUCCGGAUCAACCAAAUCAGGCAUCAAAUCAGCAGAAUGCGGUUCACGGUUACAGUCAUCAUAUGAUGUCCCAAUCCGCACCUACUAAUCAGGCAGGACAGUAUCCUCAGCAGAAUCAGCCAAAUCCGGUGGUGCCACCAUCAAAUCAAACUCAUCCUGGUUAUCCAUCGAAUCAUCCAAACACAGGUGCGAUGCCGCAGACUCCUGCACAUCGAUAUGGCACCGCGCAACAAGCACAAGUAGCACAGAAUCAACCUAUGACAUAUCCAUCGAAUCAGCAACAGCCUAAUCAGCCUAAUCCAUCGUUGAGUCAGAACGAUCAGCUCUAUUCCAGGCCAGAUGCGACGGUAUCGCAACAAACGCAAGGUUACGCUCCGACUGCGAACGAAUUUUCAAAUGAUCGUUCGAGCGUAGGUUCUGCCGGCAAUUCUGGCAAUAAUUAUACAACCAACCAAUCGCAAACGCAAAACCCCGUUAUGCCGAAUUAUCCGUCAGAUGGCUCGCACCAAAACCCAGUGGUUGGACAGAUGAAAGGUGCGGAGGAACCCUACUACAUGCAGCGUAACUAUCCGCAGACAUUCCGAUCAGAUCAGCAAUGCAACGAUUCGUAUUAUAGAGAUCAGAUGAAUCCUGGCAUGAACCGUUACCCGAAUAAUUAUUUCCCGCCGCAGAAUUAUCCAAAUCAGUAUGAUUACGCAACUGGUCACGGUACGGACAUGAAUCCUCGUCCCGACGAAUCCAAGACUUCUCAGCAGUCUGGACCUCAUCCUCCCGGAGCACCGUGUGACAAAAGCAACAAAGACAUGACAUCCAGCAUCGGUGUGCAGAGUCAGCCGUUGCAUCAGAACAAUCUUACUGGUGCGUCGAACUACACCGAACCGAAUCGCCAAAGUUCGGCGACUCCCGCGCCUAGAUCGGGAUCGGGUAUUAACCCGGUACACAGUCCGCGAUUGAAUCAGAAUGAAUCAUCGAAGGAAGAUGAGAGAGAAAAGGAAGAUCAAUUAGAGAAGGAUAAAGAAGACAAAUCUGAUGAUGAGAUCCUCACGAAAGAUGAAGAGAAAGAUUUCUCCAAGAGUUCUCCUAGUGGGAAGGAAGAUCCUGGAAUUCCAUAUGACUGGGCAACAGAAUUGAUGAAGGGCUAUGUACCUGGUUUAAUUGAUGCAUCUGGGAAAAUGACGCUCUUCUUUUGCAUCCUCGAGGAAGCUAUUAAAUUGGGAGAUCGCGUUCUUGCAUUCUCGCAGUCACUGUUUACAUUGAAUCUCAUAGAAGACUUCUUAGCGCGGAAUAGCUUAAAAUAUCCAGAUGGUCAAACUGAUGCUUGGAUUAAGAAUGUAAAUUAUUAUAGAUUGGAUGGGAGCACUAGCGCAUUAGAGCGAGAGAAACUGAUUAAUGAAUUUAAUAAUAAUCCAAAAAUUCAUCUGUUUCUCGUUUCGACGCGGGCAGGUUCGUUAGGUAUCAAUCUUGUCGGUGCAAAUCGCGCAAUUGUAUUCGAUGCUUCUUGGAAUCCCUGUCAUGAUACGCAAGCUGUAUGCAGAGUCUACAGAUAUGGUCAACAAAAGCCUUGCUUCGUUUAUCGAUUGGUCACCGAUAACUGUCUGGAAAGGAAAAUUUAUGAUCGACAAAUUAGUAAGCAAGGCAUGGCGGAUCGUGUGGUCGAUCAGUGUAAUCCUGAUGCGCAUCUUUCACUAAAGGAAGCAACAACGUUAUCAUGGGAUUGGGAAGAAGAUAGUCAAAUACAAGACUUCUCACAGAUUAAAGACAGUUAUACAGACGAAGUUAUGCAUUGUGUAUUGGAACGUUAUUCUUCGUUACUUACUAAACAACCGUUUCAUCAUGAAAGUCUACUCGUUGAUAGGAAGGAUAAAAAACUUAGUCAAGCUGAGAAACGACUGGCUCGUCGUGGUUAUGAGCUUGAAAAGAUGGCAGCUAAUUGUUCAAGACCCAAUUAUAAUUAUGUUCCCGGGAAUACAGCCACUCGAGCAAGCGGAUUACAAAUCAGAGCAAUUCGCGGUGGCGAUGGUAGCGCUACGCCGAAACCCGUUGCAUCUGUUAGACCUAUGCAACAACGAGGAGCUGAAGGAUUAGGUCCAAGAAGUGUUACUGGCAGCAGAUGGAUUCCAGCAGAAGUAUGGCAGAGGCAAGGAAUGAGCGCGCAAGAGAUGACACUACCUUUAGACGUAGUUAUACCAACUAAUUCUCCAGACAAGGGAAGUAUUGUUUUGAAAGCAGGUCAAAGAGUAAUGGUAUUGAAGAGUCCAAAAGGCAUUUACAUGCAGCUCGAAUCCGGCAAAAUCAUUGCAAUUCGUACUGCACUUAAAUUGAAUCAACAAAAACGAGAAGAAGAACCAAAGAAAGUGUCUUCGAUGAUACAGAGAAAUCCCAAGCCUGAAGUUGGUUUUCCUUUACGGAACAAUUCGGCUAUUUCCAUAAUACCCAAAUCAUCAUCGAGUAAUCAGACUAGCGGUCGACCUCUCAAUAAACCAUCACCAAGUCCAGGUUACAAACCGUUCGGUGAUAAGGAAAUCUCUAAAAGACCUAAACCAGUUGCUACAGCAACUGCCAAACCUUACUUGAGUCAAGUAAACUUGACUAACCAGGUUUCUCUAUCAAGAUUACCCAAAGUCAAACAAGAGCCGAUGGAUCACUCUACCCUAGGAGACAACUCCAACUCGUCCGACGGUCAACUAAGAACCGAGCAACGCGUUGAGGAAGUCAGAUUGGAAGAUGUAGUGGCUGAAGUGAGCUCGAAUACCGAGUAUAGUCCCUCUAAUCACACCCGCACUACUAAUUCGGAUACGGAUACGUCUCUACCAAAACCUUCCUCCGAGGAAGGCACUCAGGUUUACACGCCCGACACCGUCUCUCUUACGCAAAGCGUCCAAACGCAACAUGAUCAGUCCGAACCUGAAAUGCCACCGACUGCUGAUAAACAAUGCUCGCCCUCGGAGAAAGAACCUUCUAAACCAGAAACAUUAACAAAUUAUGGUCGUCCCUUCCAUAGUCAGGCGGAGAAACGAGAAGCUUCCAAUGACGAUAUCAUCAUAGAGGAAUCAUCUCAAGUGCAAACGCAGAUGACACCACAAGUUGCAACACAAACACAUGUGACUGUUCCUAGUCCAAUGUCGUCUUUGUUGACGCCACAACCGGUACCAUCAGCCAUGACGGUACCAUCAACAAUACCAGUACCAUCGACUAUGACGAUACCGCCAAGUAUACCAGUAUCAUCAAGUAUGCCCCCGAAUAUACCACCGAAUAUGCCGAUGCCGUCGAAUAUGCCGCCAAAUUUACCACCAAGCAUGUCGGUACCAUCAAGUAUGCCAUUGAGCAUACCAUCGAGCAUACCGGUAUCAUCAAGUAUACCACCGAGCAUGCCAAUAUCAAACAUACCACCGAACAUGCCAGUAUCAUCAAGCAUACCGCCGAGCAUGCUGAUAUCGUCGAAUGUACCACCGAUAUCUUCAAGUAUGCCAUCCAGUAUGCCAUCAAAUAUAUCAUCGAGUAUGCCGUCGAAUAUGCCAUCAAGUAUACCAAUAACAUCAAGCAUGUCGCCGAACAUACCGUCGAACAUGCCGAUAUCAUCGAGUAUGCCAGUAUCGUGUGUACCGGUACCAUCUGCAAGAGUUCCAGAAACAUCUAAAAGUAUCGCUGAUUCGAUGACUAACGCAACAUCGACUGCAUCGGUAUGCACCAGCGCCAAUAUUACUUCUCCGAAAAGCGCCGAGCCAACUCCAAGCAUGCGAGACAACAUAAUUCAGAGUGAUCCGACGCCGAGUUUGCCUCAGGGAUAUCCCUAUGCACAGUAUCCGAGAUAUUACGAUUACGGCGAUCCGCGAUCUCGCUCGCUAUCUAAUCCUUAUGGCACUUAUUUCCCUGGCGUUCCACCACACACGGCGAAUCCCAGCAGUAGACUGCCAGUAGACACGACGAAACCUCAACCGGACUUAGGCAAGCCUAUGGACGAGAGGAACGUGAUGAAUGUGCCUACCGCUUACUCUUCUCAAAUACCGAGCAUUACUGCCAAAACAUUAACGAGCAACUCCGCGACGGAGUCUAAGAGUACGGACACUACAACAGCGACUACGACGGUGGCCUCUUCAAGCAGAGACGAAGCGCAUAUUCCUACAGCAUUUAGUCAUCCUACUAGCACACGGUAUCCGGGACCGUAUCCACCGGGACCAUACGAUCCGUACUCGCAGCAUUAUCCACCGGCACCAGGCUCUUCCGCAGCUUAUCCUCCAGGUGGAGCACCAGGUUAUCCAGCAUAUGGUGGGCCCAGCUACAACACGGAUUAUGCCCGCAUGUAUUCGGCGUUCCAUGGUCCGCCACCCCCGACCGAUCCCUAUAUGCACAGAGGAUACGCUCCUCCCUCUUCACAUCCCCCUAAUUACUAUUCACCAUUCCCACAUCCUCCGCCGCCCUAUCCCAAUUAUUCAUUCCUGCCGUAUCCGAAUCCGAAUAUGUCCAGCGAGCCUCAACCACCCACUCAGUAGAGAAGUAACGCGGCUAAGAUACCUUUGGAUUAGUGGCCACGAAAUGCGAGAAAGUCGCUGCAGAGACUCAAAGCCGCGUGUUUGUGAAGCUUAAUAGACUGAAAUUGCAAAACGCAUCGAUGUAAAUAUUUAGUCAGAAAUAUCGAGAUAUUAAAAGGAUUUUUGAUGGCAGGUACUCGAGUACUUUGCAAUAUCGAUAUGUCAUGAAGGACGAGCGUGAUCGCCGUCAUCAUUGAACCGUGCAAUCUGUUGAAAUGUUCAGAAUAUUUUAACUGUCGACGCCGUUCUUGCGAUGCGUUUUUGUUCACUAGUUAACUUCAAGAAAAUGUACUCAUCAAGCGGUACAAAUCACUCCUUUGUUUGAUCCUCCAGUCUCAUUAGAAUGGCAUCAAAUGAGAUUUUGUACGAAUGCUUAGACUAUGCAAUUUAGAUUACAAUAUGUUUCAUACUAUAACUAAUUGCGUUCCUCGUGACUUUUUCUACUUUUUGUACUUGCGCGCUGUGCUUCGUCAGAUUAGCCUUUUAUCAGUAGCUUCUUAACGUUGAAAUUAAUAAGUUGACGCAUAUGAUUCUGGAAUGAUUGAAGGAGGAGUAAAUUGUACCAUCUGAAUGGAGGGAAGGAGCGCUGUAUACUAUCAUUUAGCUUCACGCGUUACAUUCAAUCACUUAGCUUAUUCUUGUAUAUUUUGUAUAUUUUCGUAACAAAGAGGGGGAUAGUCAUUGAUGACGAUGAAACAAAAUUCUCGUAUCAAGUAUACUUAACAACGUCCAUGACGCGUGCAUUUUCAAUUCGUGAAAUUCAAGAAUUAACACCAUGAUUUACGACAAUUUAUGAGAUUUUGCAUUCAUAUCUUUUUCUCAA